ACUGAAUUUUAUUUCGCGAGAUUUGCUUGGCGCGGUGACCCAUGUGAGCGACACCUCCUGCAAGAAUCAUUCUCCCCUGCAGAGGAAAAGGCUAUGGAGUGCUGAACGUUUUCACUGUUAUUCCCCUUUCCCCCCAAGCCCCUGUAUUUGUUGUGAUUAGAUUUCUGUAACCUUUUUGGUGGCUAUCGGGCGGUGGAACGAUGUGGAUUCAAAUUCGGACCAUAGACGGAAAGGAGACACGAACCAUUGAGGAUCUUUCCAGGCUGACCAAAAUUGAGUCUCUGAGGCUGAAAAUCCAAGAUAUCUUCAAUGUAAACCCCGGACAACAACGGUUAUUCUAUCGGGGCAAACAGAUGGAAGAUGGCCACACACUGUAUGACUACAACGUGGGUCUGAACGAUAUCGUCCAGCUGCUUAUCCGUUCCAAAGCGGGGGACGCUCCAGACAGUCCUCUCAUCAUCUCCCCUGUCGUCAGCCCCAAGGAGUGUGACACAACGCCCCCCACCACCCCCAAUACUACGACUGGUGCAGCUACCACCCCCUCUAAACCUACCACCGUGGCCCCAACACUUACCCCCAAACCCACCACAGUCAACAACAACACAACCACCACUGACGACACCAGUACUACCACCAACAUCAGUACAACUACCAGUAAGAACACGAGUAUCACCAGUGAUCCCAAUAACAACGGAGACGAGUCUUCUUCUGGUCCACCGGCAGCGUUGGAGAAGCACGACAACCAGCCGUCAACCUCUACACGUCCCUUACUCAUAGACGCGGGAAUUGGGGUGUUCAAGAUAAACGAGUUGGUGGACUGCAGGGACAUAAGCAUCGGUGCCUGGUUUGAAGCCUGCAUCGACAACGUGUCACUCAGCCCAAAGGGACAGAACAGCACCAGUAAAGCUCCUACAGCAGGGAAGGUUGGCAGGCCUAGCAAAAGGACGAACGGCAAGCUUGAGACAGAGCCGGGCCAAGGCCAAAGCCACCUCUCCUCCUCAGACAAUAAUAAUAAUAAUAAUAAUGGGAAUAAUUCUACUUCUGUGUUGAACUCUGACAGUAUUGGGCCAGGGGCUGGGCCCUCCACCUCUCAAACAGACUAUACUGCCACAGACAAAGAGAAGGAGGAUGUGACGUACCACAUCAGAUAUGAUGAUUACCCUGAGAACGGCGUGGUGGAGAUGUGUGGCGGUAACGUGCGGCCGCGGGCUCGGACCCUGCUCCGGUGGGACCAGCUCACGGUAGGCCUGGUUGUCAUGGUGAACUACAACAUAGAGAUCCCUGAGGAGAGGGGCUUCUGGUUCGAUGCUGAGAUUACAGCACUCAAUGAGAUCUCCAGGACCAACAAGGAGGUCCGCAUCAGAAUCCUGCUGGGAGGGCCAGGGGACGUCAUCCCAGACUGUAAACUGUUGUUUCUGGAUGAGAUCUAUCAGAUUGAGAAGACUGGAGCACACUCGCUGUCUGCUGUAGAUGGACAGUUCAAACGCAAGAGCGGGCCGGAGUGUAAGCACUGCAAGACGGACCCCGAGUCGGAGUGCAGGUUCUGCUCGUGCUGCGUGUGUGGAGGGAAGCAGGAUGCCCAUAUGCAGCUGCUGUGUGAUGAGUGUAACAUGGCCUUCCAUAUAUACUGUCUCAACCCACCGCUAGCCACCAUACCUGACGACGAGGACUGGUACUGUCCCACCUGUAAGAACGACACCAGUGAGGUGGUUAAGGCCGGGGAGAAGCUGAAGGCCAGUAAGAAGAAAGCCAAGAUGCCCUCGGCCCAUACAGAGAGCCAGAGGGACUGGGGCAAGGGUAUGGCCUGUGUGGGGCGCACUAAGGAAUGUACCAUCGUCCCCUCCAACCAUUACGGGCCCGUACCUGGGGUUCCCGUGGGAACAGCAUGGAAGUUCCGCGUUCAGGUGAGCGAGGCGGGAGUGCACAGGCCCCACGUGGGAGGUAUCCACGGCCGCAGUAACGAUGGCUCCUAUUCGCUGGUGCUGGCUGGGGGCUUCGAAGAUGAAGUGGACAGGGGAGAUGAGUUCACCUACACAGGCAGCGGGGGUCGCGACCUUUCAGGGAACAAGCGCAUUGGGGAGCAUUCCUUUGACCAGACCCUGACCCACUACAACAGGGCCCUGGCGCUGAACUGUGACGCCCCCAUCAACGACAAGGAUGGGGCGGAAUCCAGGAAUUGGCGUGCGGGGAAGCCGGUGAGGGUGGUGCGGAGCUCCAAGGGCCGACGUAUCAGCAAGUACGCUCCGGAGGAGGGCAACCGAUACGAUGGCAUCUACAAGGUGGUGAAGUACUGGCCAGAGAAAGGGAAGUGUGGUUUCCUGGUGUGGAGGUACUUGCUGCGAAGGGAUGACCUGGAGCCUGCUCCCUGGACACCUGAGGGGCUGGCGCGCAUCCAGACACUGGGCCUGGCUGUGCAGUAUCCUCCAGGCUACGUGGAGGCCAUGGCCAACAAGACCAAGAAGGAGGCUAAUGCUCGGCCAGGGUCCAGCAGGAGCAAGAAGCACCCUGGACGGGGCCGGCCGCGGCUACAACCUCUGAAGAAGAAGGUGAAGGAGGAGGAGGAUGAAGAAGAGGAAGAGGAGGAAGAGAAGCCCAUGGAGGGUACAGACCAGUCACAGAGUAACGGCAGUCAGGAGACAGAGGUGUGUAAGGAAUCGACAGAGCCCCGAGCCAAGCGUCAGAAGAUGGAGGAGGCGUUCCAACUGACAGAGCAGCAGCAAAGCCUCAUAAAGGAAGACCAGCCCAACAGAAAGAACUGGGACGAGGCCAUGGGACACCUCAAGGAGGGGCCGAACUUCCUGAGGAAGGUGGAACAGACGUUUAUGUGUGUCUGCUGCCAGGAGCUAGCCUACCAGCCCAUCACCACCGUCUGUACACACAACGUGUGCAAGACCUGUCUCCAGCGGUCGUUCCGUGCUGAGGUGUAUACCUGCCCUGCCUGUCGCCACGACCUGGGGAAGGAUUACGUCAUGGUCCUAAACAAGACUCUACAGCUGCUGCUGGACCAGUUCUUUCCUGGCUAUAGCAAGGGCCGAUGAGGACAAGACACCUGCACUUACCCAAACAGUUACACACAGACCCAUAAUGCAUACAAACAAACAUAGGCAUACACACUUA